CUAGACUGUUCGAAGAAUCAACCAACCAACUAGUCCUUCGCACCGUUCUACCGGAAGAAUCUCUGCUGUGCUCUAUCUCUAUAUGACUAUAUAUGCCUCGCGUGUUCUCCUCCGGAGUCUUAAAACAGAGGCACCAAAACACAAUCUACGUAUGUGCAAAGUUCAGUCAGACCUUGAGUUGACAGACACCACACCAACAAUGGCCGGAGCAGCAAACGAUCUGAAGCUACUGGGCAUGUGGGCGAGCCCGUAUGUCCUGCGGGUGCGCCUUGCUCUCAGCAUCAAGGGCAUCAGCUACGAGUACACAGAGGAGGACCUCCGGCACAAGAGCGAGCUGCUCCUCCGGUCAAACCCCGUCCACAACAAGGUCCCCGUGCUGAUCCACGACGGCAAGCCCGUCUCCGAGUCUUGUUGA